AUGGCGCCGUCAUACUCGCCGGAGCCGGAGGCGCCGUUCCGGCCGAGGGAGAAGGUGGUGGAGAAGCAGAGGUACUUCCAGAGCGUGCACAGGCCGACGUACCUCAAGGGGCGCUACGACGUGGUCACCUCCGUCGCCAUCCCUCUCGCGCUGGCCGCCUCCAGCAUCUUCCUCGUCGGGCGCGGGAUCUACAACAUGUCCCACGGCAUCGGGAGGAAGGAGUGA